ACAGUGCACAGAUGAAAAAGCACGUCUAGUAAGUAGUAACUAAACUAUUAGAAUGAUGAAUCGCACGGUUGAAAUAAUUUCUGCUGCAAGGAGGCUGUAGACGACGGUUUUGCGGGAGAGGAUCCCGAUCCGCACACUCUCACUCACUUCACCACUGCACUUCUUCACUCUCUGAUUCCACAGAUCCAGCAUGGCCAACUUCCUCGCUCAGUUCCAAACCAUUAAGAACUCCUCCGAUCGCCUCGUCAUUUCAGUGGAGGAUGUGAGUGACUUGUGGCCAACUGUAAAGCCUGCUUUCGAGGCGCGAUUGCCGUUUAAAAAGGCGAGUUUGAAUAACAAGACGCGGAACCCUGUCUUGGUGGAGACUUUGCCGGCCGAGUUCAUAUUAACUACUGAUUCGAGACUGCGGAGCCGGUUCCCUCAGGAGCAGUUGUUGUUCUGGUUUCGAGAGCCGUAUGCAACUGUUGUGCUGGUUACCUGUGAGGAUCUCGAUGAGUUCAAAACCAUCCUUAAACCACGCCUGAAAUUAAUUGUCCAAAAUGAUGAAAGGGAAUGGUUUAUUGUAUUUGUAUCUAAAGCUCAUCCAGCUAAUGAUCAGGCAAGCAAAAUGGCAAAGAAGGUUUAUGCUAAACUUGAAGUCGAGUUUAGUUCCAAAAAAAGAGAAAGAUGCUGCAAAUAUGAUAUGCAUUUCCCUGAAGCGAAUUUUUGGGAGGACCUGGAAUCAAAGAUAACCGAAUGCAUUAGAAAUACAUUGGAUAGGCGUGUACAGUUUUAUGAGGAUGAAAUACGAAAGCUCAGUGAACAGCGCCUCAUGCCAGUCUGGAACUUCUGUAAUUUUUUCAUACUAAAGGAAAGCUUGGCAUUUAUAUUUGAAAUGGGUCACCUUCAUGAAGAUGCCUUACGGGAGUAUGAUGAACUUGAACUCUGCUAUCUUGAAACAGUUAACAUGAGUGGAAAGCAAAGAGACUUUGGAGGGGGGGAGCGUGGUGAUGAUCAGGCGGCAGUUCUCAAUCCAGGAAACAAAGCAUUGACACAGAUUGUUCAAGAGGAUUCGUUCAGGGAGUUUGAAUUCAGACAGUAUCUAUUUGCCUGUCAAUCAAAGCUCUUAUUCAAGCUAAAUCGUCCCAUUGAGGUUGCAUCACGAGGUUAUUCAUUCAUAAUAAGCUUCUCGAAAUCCUUGGCAUUGCAUGAGCGUAUUCUGCCUUUUUGUAUGCGGGAAGUCUGGGUGAUAACUGCUUGUUUGGCCUUAGUUGAAGCAACCACUUCCAAUUAUAAUGAUGGACUGAUGGUGCCUGACAUAGAGAAGGAGUUUUUUCUUCUUCUGGGUGACCUAUAUUCUCUUGGUAGAGUUAAGUUCAUGAGGCUUGCCUAUUUAGUUGGGUAUGGAACUGAAAUAGAAAGAAGUCCUGUCAACAGUGCUUCCCUCAGCUUGCUACCUUGGCCUAAGCCAGCUGUUUGGCCUUCAGUCCCUGCUGACGCAUCAUCAGAGGUUCUUGACAAAGAAAAGCUGAUUCUCCAAACAACUCCUAGAGCCAAGCACUUUGGUAUCCAGAGGAAACCCCUGCCUCUGGAACCUACAGUACUUCUACGAGAAGCCAAUAGGCGGAGGGCUUCACUUUCAGCUGGAAAUGUGUUUGAAAUAUUUGACAGUCGCCAGGGUCCAGUGGAAGGAUCAGGUUUCGAUGCGUCCUCCAGGAUGUCACCACAAAAAGUACAUGCAAGUUCCAUGUCACGCACUAAUUCUUCACCAGGAAACUUUGAUGGAUCAAUUGACCGACCUAUGAGGCUUGCUGAGAUCUAUGUUGCCGCUGAGCAUGCUUUGAAGCAGACAAUUUCUAAUCAGGAGCUGUUGAAAUCAUUAUCAUCAUCUGAGGAGUUUGAGCAAAAAUAUUUAGAGCUAACUAAAGGUGCUGCUGACAAUUACCAUCGUUCCUGGUGGAAAAGACAUGGAGUGGUCCUUGAUGGUGAGAUAGCUGCUGUUGCCUUUAAGCGUGGACACUUUGAUCAAGCUGCAAAGUCAUAUGAGAAGGUUUGUGCACUGUAUUCUGGUGAAGGAUGGCAGGACCUGUUGGCUGAGGUCCUUCCCUAUUUAGCUGAGUGUCAGAAGAUACUUGAUGAUCAAGCAGGCUACUUACUAUCCUGUGUGAGGUUACUUUCUCUUGAUGAAGAAUUAUUUUCGACCAAGGAGCGUCAAGCUUUUCAGUCAGAAGUGCUCCGUCUUGCUCAUAGUGAAAUGAAGAACCCUGUACCUCUUGAUGUAUCAUCAUUAAUUACAUUUUCAGGAAAUCCAGGGCCUCCAUUGGAGUUAUGUGAUAGGGAUCCUGGUAUCCUUUCUGUAACUGUUUGGAGUGGUUUUCCAGAUGAUAUAACUCUUGAUUCAAUCAGUCUUACAUUAAUGGCAACAAAUAACGCUGAUGAAGGUGUAAAGGCAUUGAAGAGUUCUACAGCUAUUGUGUUACAGCCUGGUCGGAAUACUAUUACCUUAGAUCUACCACCUCACAAACCAGGAUCCUAUGUUCUUGGAGUUCUUACUGGGCAGAUUGGGCAGCUGAGGUUUAGAUCUCAUAGUUUUUCAAAAAUUGGUCCUGCAGAUUGCGAUGAUUUUAUGAGUUAUGAAAAGCCAGCUAAACCUAUUUUGAAGGUUUUCAAGCCUAGAGCCCUUGUUGAUCUUGAAGCUGCUGUUUCAUCUGCUUUGUUAAUAAAUGAACACCAAUGGCUUGGCAUUUUAGUUCGACCUUUAAAUUACUCCCUCAGAGCUGCUGUCUUGCAUAUUGAUACUGGUCCAGGGUUGGAGAUUGAAAAGUCACACAUAAUUGAGAUGGAAAGCUGUGCUUGCGUAUCACAGAAUGAUGAUGGCCAGGGUGGUGCUCAAGUAGAUUCUUUAAAUUAUGAGAAAAGAUUUGAACGUUUGACUCUUGAUGAUGGUAAAGUAGUGUUUCCCAAUUGGGCAAGUGACACUCCUUCUGUUCUUUGGGUUCUGAUUCGUGCCAUCAGUGAUACGCUCUGCAGAGGAUCAUCUUCAGGCACAACAAGGAGAGAGAGUAUUGUAGAUGGAAUGAGAACAAUAGCUCUGAAACUGGAAUUUGGAGCAUUCCACAAUCAGACAUUUGAAAGGACCCUAGCAGUGCAUUUUACGUAUCCUUUCUAUGUAAGGACACGUGUUACUGAUAAAUGCAAUGAUGGUACCCUGCUUCUGCAGGUAAUACUUCACUCUGAAGUAAAGGCUACAUUGACCGUAUAUGAUGCUUGGCUUGAUCUUCAAGAUGGAUUUAUUCAUACUGGACAAACUGAUGGUAGACCUAAUUCAAGCUUCUUCCCACUAAUCAUAUCUCCCACUUCCAAAGCAGGAAUUUUGUUUAGUAUCUGCCUAGGCAAAACAAAUGCAGAAGAAGAAGCUACGAAGCAACCAGAAAGCAUAUUAAAUAUCAAAUAUGGAAUUUCUGGUGAUAGAACAUCAGGAGCCCAUCGUCCUUUCUUGAAUGAAUCUACUGGAGUUGAUGGUGUCAGACAGGAGUUGAUCUUCAAGACUGCAAUUACUUUGCAAAGGCCUGUUCUUGAUCCGUGCAUAGCCGUUGGUUUUCUUCCUCUCCCUUCAGAUGGCCUAAGAGUUGGACAACUGGUUAAAAUGCAAUGGAGGGUGGAAAGAUUAAAAUAUUUGGAUGAGAAAGAAGUCUCCCAACAGAGUGUAAGUCUUCGUAAACAGAAGAAAGAAGAAUGUUUGCUACAUGUUAGAUCCCUGGAUGAGGUGCUUUACGAGGUAAAUGCAAAUUCCGGAAAUUGGAUGAUAGCUGGGAGGAAAAGAGGACAUGUGUCUCUCUCCAUAAAACAGGGUGCACGGAUCAUUAUCUCAGUAUUAUGCAUGCCACUGGUGGCUGGUUAUGUUCGUCCUCCUCUACUUGGGCUACCAGAUGUUGAUGAGGCAAAUAUAAGAUGCAAACCUGCUGGGCCACAUCUGAUUUGUGUUUUGCCUCCAGCUCUGAGCUCAUCCUUCUGCAUUCCAGUUGAUUCAUGAACUUAUGAUUUCAUUCAACCUUGAGUGCCUUCGUUCCAUAUGAAGUUUGAGCAGGCAUUAGCCCCUCUCCAACGACAAGGAUUAGCAAACCUUUCAAAGAUCUCUAUGAUGCUCAUAACUCCCCUCUAGACCUAGCAGCGGUCGAGGCUCCAUCUAUUAAUGGAUGAUUUUUGGGUUUGAAAGAUUAGAGUUUUUUUUUUUUUUUUUGGUUUCAGUGAAAUAGGAAAGUGUAAUUUUUCUGUUAUAGCAUGAACUAUCUCCAUAGUUUGAUUUUUGUUGCUUAAGGCCUUCAGGCAGCAGUGUUGUGUCAGCACCUUGACUCUUGUACAGUGGAUUUUUGUGCACUUCCUUGUACGAUAGAUACACAGACCAUAACAUUUUUUCGUCCUUUGUUAAAAAUGAUAAAUAUUGGUAGGAACAAUAGACACUUGACACUCAAAUUUUGUGUUAAGUUGCUACCUCACUGGUUAAUAUUUUUUGUUAUCAAUCAUAACUUCGUUUUAUUGCCUGA